AUGAUCCGCUACCCGCAACAUAGACCGGAAGGUCUCGUGGUGGACGCAACCGGAAAAGUCGAGCUUUCCAACUUGAUGUCCGUAUGGGCGAGUGCCGAAGGCUUAACGGAAACCCACAUCUUGGACACUGUCGAGGCGCACAAGUGGCAAGACACAGAGACAAUGACGCCACGCUACUCGUUGCUUGGAGAAGACGGCUCCUUCCAGAUUCGCGUCCAUAAGCCUCGGAGGGAGUUGCAGCAGCGAAAAAGUAUGCCGUCGAAACCCAGGAGCAGUUUCAGAGUGCUCGUGAUUAUGUAUUCGGGAUGCGCCGUACUACUGUUCAUCAGUAGCAUGUUAGUUGUUUUUGUCACUGCUACUGCUACGAGUAGGCAGUAG